GUCACAGGUACGUGCUGGGCCACGAGGCCAUGAAGCGCAUGCAGACCUCCAACGUGCUGGUGUCGGGGCUGCGGGGGCUCGGCGUGGAGGUGGCCAAGAACCUGGUGCUGGGGGGAGUCAAGUCUGUCACCCUGCACGAUCCCCACCCUGCGGCCUGGACAGACCUCGCUUCCCAGUUCUACCUGCGGGAGGAGGACGUGGGGCAGAGCCGGGCGGAGGCGACGCUGCCACGCCUGGCGGAGCUCAACUCCUACGUGGCCGUGACCAGCACGCGGGAGCCGCUGUCCCAGGAGCUGCUGGCGCCCUUCCAGGUGGUGGUCCUGACCAACUCCCCCCUGGAGGAGCAGCUCUGGGUCGGCGACUUCUGCCACAGCCACGGCAUCAAACUGGUGGUGGCCGACACGCGCGGGCUCUUCGGGCAGCUGUUCUGUGACUUUGGGGACGACAUGGUGGUGACAGACCCCAACGGGGAGCAGCCCCUCAGCGCCAUGGUCUCCAUGGUGACCAAGGGGUGCCCCGGGGAGGUGACGUGUCUGGACGAGGCGCGUCACGGCUUCGAGACGGGUGACUUUGUCACCUUCACCGAGGUGGAGGGGAUGGAGGAGCUGAAUCGCUGCGGCCCCGUCGAGAUCCGCGUCCUCGGGCCAUACACCUUCAGCAUCGGGGACACCAGCGGGUUCGGGGACUACGUGCGGGGGGGCAUCGUCACCCAGGUCAAGAUGCCCAAGCACAUCCACUUCAAGCGGUUCCGGGACGCUCUGGCUGAGCCGGAGAUGAUGGUGACGGAUUUUGGGAAGGUCGAGAGACCCUCGAUGAUGCACUGGGGGUGGCAGGGACUGCACCGCUUCAUGCGCCAGCACGGCCGCCCUCCCCGGCCCCGCCACCAGGUAGGGACAUGGGGGGACAGCAGGGACGUGGAGGGGACGGUGGGUGGAGGGACUUUGAGGGUGUUGGAGAUGUGGAGGCCACCGGGUCCUACCCCAGCAUGGCCACCCCUGUGGGCCAUGUGCAGCUGCUGGGGACACUGAGGGCGUUGGGUACAC